AUGCCGUCCGCCUCCAGCGCCGUCCCAUCCGCCGUGGCGCCGGCAGACGAAUCCCAAUCCCUCGCCGCCCCGAAGGUCCUGCUCGGGAGGUACGAGCUGGGCGGGCUCCUCGGCCGCGGCGCCUCCGCCAAGGUGUACCGGGCCAGGGACCUCCUCACGGGCAGGGACGUGGCCAUCAAGUCCUUCCCCAACCCGCGGUCCGGCGCGCGCGACGGCGAGGGCUCCGCCGGGUCCGCCGCCAUUGAGCGGGAGGCGGCCAUCCUCGCCCGCCUGCGCCACCGCCACGUGGUGAGAUUGCACGAGAUACUGGGGACGCGCAAGAAGGUCCACUUCGUCCUCGAUCUCGCCGCCGGCGGGGAGCUGUUCUCGCUCGUCGACUCCGACGGCCGCAUGACGGAGGACCUCGCGCGGCAUUACUUCCGCCAGCUCGUGUCCGCCGUCCGGUACUGCCACUCCCGCGGCGUGUACCACCGCGACAUCAAGCCGGAGAACCUCUUGCUCGACGGCGACGGCGACCUCAAGGUCGCCGACUUCGGGCUCGGCGCCGUCGCGGACGAGAGCCUCCACCACACCCUCUGCGGCACCCCGGCCUACGUUGCGCCGGAGAUCCUCUCGAAGCAGGGGUACCACCCGGCCAAGGUCGACAUCUGGUCCUGCGGCGUGGUGCUCUUCGUCCUCGCCGCCGGCUACCUCCCCUUCAACGACGCCAGCCUCAUCAACAUGUACCGCAAGAUCUACGCCGGCCGGUUCCGGUGCCCGAACUGGUUCUCGCCGGCGCUCCGCCACCUGCUACGCCGCAUCCUCGACCCCAACCCGGGCACGCGCAUCGACACGGACGGCAUCAUGGAGCACCCCUGGUUCCGCCACGGCGCGAGCGGCGACGGCGAGCUGGAGAAGCUGAUGCGCGGGCACGAGGAGGAGGCGUGGUUCGAGACGGAGUUCAAGGAGGACAUGGCGCGGGACAUGACCGCGUUCGACAUCCUGGCCUUCUCGCCCGGCUCGGACCUCUCCGGGCUGUUCGGCGCCGGGCCGGGCACGGAGCGGGUGUUCGUCGGCGAGCCCGCCGCGGCCGUGCUGGCCCGGGUCGAGGACGCCGGGAAAAAGCAGGGGCACCGCGUGAGGAGGGAAGGAAAGAGCGGCGCCGGGCCGGUGUACCUGGAGGCUGAGGCCGGCGACAUUGUCGCCAAGGUGACCGUGUUCCGGAUCGCCGACACCGUGUCCGUGGUCGAGGUCGUGAAGGGCCACGGCCCGGAGGCCGCGGCGUUCUGGAACGACUGGCUCGAGCCGGCCGUGAAGCCUCAGGCAGUGUGA